ACCCCGCACUGAAGCAGGCAUGGGUCUCCCAGCUCAGGCACCGGCCUUGGCCCACGACCUUGUGCAGGAACCUGGGAGAAAGCAUCACUGAGCCACAGUACUUUUCCACCGCACUGCUCAGCCACCGGCCACCGCAGCUGCCUCUGGGCUGUGCAGACAGGAGGCAAAGUGCACCAGGCCGGCGCCCCCAGGAACUCACCCCCAAUAUCAACCCAGGAGACAUGCUGUGGGUGAGGGGCAGCCCAGUGGUGGGGGGCGGGGGGGGCGUCCACAGAUGCCCCCCGCGGAGCUGGGAGGCCACUGGGGAAGCCGGAGGCAUGGGCAUUAGCCAAGCCCUCCGGUGCAUUCCCAGCGACUCCCGCUCCUUACCCACCCUCCCGGCUCCCACCCCUCAGAUAAUAAUGAUUAAGCCGGUGGCAGGGCGCCUGUGCCGGGUCCGGGCAGCGCGAGCCUGCGCAGGGGGAGGGGGAGAGCAGGGCGAGGGGAGGGGACAAGAGAGCGAGCGGUCCCGCCCGGUGAUGUAGGCAGCCCGGGGAGGUGGAGCCGCGACGCCUGGAGGAGUCCCCACCGCAGCCGCGCUCUCGGUCUACCCCACCAAGCUGCCGCCAGCCCCGGCUCCGGCGCCCUCCCUGCCGCCGCAGUCUGGGCGGCGGGGACCGCGGGAACCACCCUCCCCCCAACUCACCUGCUCGGGCCUGGGGGGCGUCCCUGCCCCUCCUUGCUACCCAGACGGCUGGAGUCGCUCCCAGCGAAAGCUGCUCUUGGCCGCUCGGCCGCCGCCGGGCAUCUCGGCGGGCAGACCGGCCGGCCCCCCGGCAUCUGCGAAGCCAGCCCCGCCUGGCACUGGGCGUCUCCGGGCACCGCCUGUCUCCAGCUCCGCCCGGCUCCUCGCCACCCCGGGGCCACCGAGUGGGCCUCGGCGCGCCUGCCCCUCCCCCGGCCGCCCCGCGCUCGCCGCGCCCCCGGCCCCUUCCUUCGGCCGCCGCGAUGCUGCCCUGGAGACGUAACAAAUUCGUGCUGGUGGAGGACGAGGCCAAGUGCAAGGCGAAGAGCCUGAGUCCCGGGCUCGCCUACACGUCGCUGCUCUCCAGCUUCCUGCGCUCCUGCCCAGACCUGCUGCCCGACUGGCCGCUCGAGCGCCUGGGCCGCGUGUUCCGCAGCCGGCGCCAGAAAGUGGAGCUCAACAAGGAGGACCCCACCUACACCGUGUGGUACCUGGGCAACGCCGUCACCCUGCACGCCAAGGGCGACGGCUGCACCGACGACGCCGUGAACAAGAUCUGGGCGCGCUGCGGGCCGGGCGGGGGCACCAAGAUGAAGCUGACGCUGGGGCCGCACGGGAUCCGCAUGCAGCCCUGUGAACGCGGCGGCGCCGGCGGCUCGGGGAGCCGCAGGCCGGCGCACGCCUACCUGCUGCCGCGGAUCACCUACUGCACGGCGGACGGCCGCCACCCGCGCGUCUUCGCCUGGGUCUACCGCCACCAGGCUCGCCGGCCCGGGAGCUGAGGACGUGCAGCCUGCGGGGCGUCCCGGCGCCGCCACCGCCGCCGCCGCCGCCGCCGCCGCCCGCGCAGCCCCGCCGCUGGAAGGCCGGCGCCAGGGAGCGCGCGGGCCAGGCGCGCUGAGAGCCCUGGGGGCAGGACUCCCGGCCUCAGACCCGGGCCCGCCGGACUCACCGCCUCUAACCCCGGCCCUGCCCGCUUCGGCUCCCCACCGGUCCCUGGCCCUGCCUCCCUCCUGGUCUGGGCUGUGGCCCUCCUCCGCCCCUCUGCCUCCUCCUGGCUCAGGGUGCCACCUGCCCUGCCCUUGACUGUGGGGGGAGGGGCGUACUCACCUCUGCCCACACCCGGAGCUGCCCGGGGCCCUCCACAGUGGAACUGCCUCCCAAGCUUUGCACCGCAGCUGCCCACGACCACCCUGCUCCCUCCCCAGAGACCUUUUCGAGAGAAGGGGGAAAGAAGUUUCCAGAAAUCCAGGAGGAUGGGUUUGUACUCUGGCCAGGUGGAGGCGGUGGCUUUGCCCUUGGUCCGGCUAGCGGUCCUCCCUGUGGUGAAAAGGACCCUGGAGAGCACGGGGCAUGGGGAGGGCAAGGCGGCUGGGGGCGGCUAAGGCCAGGCCCAGGAGGGGCACUGGCUCUGUGGUCGCACCCAUAGGGAAGAAUCCUCAGGCCCCCUGCUGGGCCUCCCUGCCCCUUGGAGGAUUCCUGAGACUCUGGAGAGCAAGGGGAGGGCUUUACCAAGUUCAACAGAUGAGGCCAGGCCACAGGUCUGCAAGCAGGCAGCUGCCCCUCCUCUUAGGGUGGCCUUCACUCACCCCCUCCAUCUGCCGACAGAUGUGCGGGGGAGGGAGGGUGCCCAACAGGUACCCCACAACCAGGACCAAGGUGGCACUUCCGAAGGAGGUAAGGAGAACCUUUGGCAGGUGUCCUCAAGCUGAGGCUGGUCAGGGCAGGUAGACCCCAGAGUUUCCUAGCAGAGGGAGGGGUGUUAACCCCACCGAGGGAGUGGGCCCUGCCCAGGCAUCUCCAGAGGCCACACAAAACCCAAAGACCCAUGUGUCACCAUGAUCAUUGUAAAUAAAGUGGACCUGCUUUUCCAGCCCUGUCA